AUGCAUGAAGACACGUAUCACUUCAACUUCAUGAAUUUAGCUUCUCACCAUCACUAUUAUAUCAUUAUUUAUUCUCUCUUAUCAUCAUCAUAUAAACUUUAUGUCUUAUGAUAAUCUUUUCUUCAUAAAGUUAUCAUAUCAAACCAUCCAAAAUUUAAAAAAAAUAAAAUAAAAAUGGUGAAACUAGCAAGUGCAAGAGAGAGCAGGCUAUAUGGGCCAAGACUAGCAAGAAAUCGAUCAGAAUACAUGAAUGCUGGGCUAUACUUGUUUGGUACAAUCGUGUUAUUAAUGGGCUUUAUAGCCCAAUUCUCUAAGGAGCCCAAAUCUGGCCUUCUCCUACUAUUGAUCGGUUAUUUUCUUAUCACCGCCGUUAAUGUUCAUGAUCUGGUGGCCCACCUUGCCGGAAUCGAUUUCCGGUUGCCGUUGAUGGAGUUUGAUAUUCAGCUUGCUCUUGUUGAGUUUGCUGUUCCUGUUGUUCAGAUUUUUGGCUCACUUUUGUCUUUAUUAGGCAUCCUUUUCCUACUCAUUCUGGAAGAGAAGGGUGUUUAUUACAGCAGUUUAGAAAAGCAUGCCUUGAAUAUGCUGAUUGCCGGGCCAGUUUUAUGGCUUAUUGGUUCGAUACACAAUUCAUGUCAAAUCUACGAAAGAGCUGAUGGCCAUAUUCAAAUUUUGCAAGAGAGUGUCAACAUUCCCUUUUUAUUGGCAAGCUUAUUGUUUGUGGUUGGUGCAAUUCUCAAUAGCCGCGAGCAAUCAAGAUGGAUUUACCAUGGCCUCAUGUUACUUGGUAAAUCAUGGGUAUGGUUGGGCAUAUUUGGGAGCUUACUAUUGUUCAUAGGAGGAUUAAUGAAUGUGGUGAAGGUGUUUAAGAUGCAGCAAAUGAAUGGACUACGUUUGGAGAAGCUACGAGGAGGGGCUCAAGAAGGGUUAAUUCGAGUGAGAGAAGGUCGAGUUCCUCUAAUGAAUGAGGAAAAUCUUUCUUCUCAUAGAUUACAAUCAGGGGCUGAGCCAAAAGGGCCUAAUCCGGCAACCCCUUACAAAGAUGUUCUUGUUGGUAACACUUGAAUUGAAGGAGCUAGUAAUAUAUAGCGGAUGGAGCAAUGUAUUAUGUAUAUGACUUUCUCCAUAUUGAUGAACUAUAUAUUGAUGAUUGUGAAAUCAUUUCUCGACCUAUUUGAGUAACAAGUUUGUUGCUAGAACUAGUUUUAGUAUGAAAUGUAUGCCAAAAUCACCCAUCGAU